AUCAUCAUCAUCAUCAUUCAGUUUUCACAUUUCCAAAUGUAUUGAGUAAUUCUACGGAAACUGCAUUCAAGAAACUUAAAGUUGAUAAUAAUACAAAUUCUCAUCAUAAUCAUCAUCAUCAUUCGCAUCAUAAUCAUCAACAUCAUCAUCAUCAUCAACAAUCAACACUUGUACCGCCAUCAGCAUUACCGCCGCCGCCACCACCACCACCACCGCCAGUAUUAAGUCAUCUUUCCGUAUCCAGUGGUGGUGGUGGUGGCUUAAGUGGACAUUCAUCAUUAAUGGCCGGUUUAACAUCGGUACCAACAUCAUUGACAUCAGCCAUAUCGACAACAACAACAACAAAUUCAUGUCCACCAACACCAGCAAGACGUAGACAUCGUACAACAUUUACACAGGAACAAUUGCAAGAAUUGGAAACAGCAUUUGCUAAAAGUCAUUAUCCAGAUAUCUAUUGUCGUGAAGAAUUGGCACGUAUUACUAAAUUGAAUGAGGCAAGAAUACAGGUAUGGUUUCAAAAUCGACGUGCUAAAUAUCGUAAACAAGAAAAACAGAUACAAAAAGCAUUAACAAAUAGUUCAAUGUUACCAGCAUGUAAUGGUGCUAUGAUGCGUAAUAUUUAUCAUCAAGCACAAGCUGUACAAGCGCAAAAUCGUAAUCAUCAUCAUCAUCAUCACCAAUAUCAUCAAUAUAGUGGUGGUGGUGGUGGUGGUGUUGGCGGCGUUGGUAUUGGUGGAACAGUCGCAUCCAAUUCAACAUUGAAUACAAUGGCUGCUGCCGCUUCACGUUAUCAUGCACCAAUAGCAGCGGCAGCUGCUGCGGCAGCCGCUGCAACUUCUGCUUAUCAUACACAUUCAAUGAAUGGACCAAAUGGAACAUCACCAUUUUCUGGUAUGACAUCAACAACAGCAGCCGCAGCAGCAGCAGCAGCCGUUUCAAUGAAUCAUCGACAACAACAACAGCAACAGCAACAACAACAACAACAACAAACGGAUAUUGAUAAUGAAAAUGAUUGGUAUAAUAAAGGAUUCAAUGCAUUACGAAUGAAUAAUGGUAAUAGCCAUAAUCAACAUAAUCAUCAGUCAAAUCUAUCAUCUGCUGUUGCUGCUGCUUCACCUAUGCUUCAAUAUCAAACAUAACACAAACACGAACACAAACAAACAGAAACAGAUAAUCUCUCUAGUCACGGCUAUAGUCAUUGAUUUAUCAUUGAAAAAAAUUUUUUUUAACACUUUGUUUGCCACACAAGAAUUCAUUACUUAUACUACUGAUGUACAAAACAAACAAACUGGAUUUGGAAUUAAUUAAUGUUCACUUUUUAUUUGAUUGACUAAAUUCUUCUAAACCAUCCCUCCAGAAACAUUCCAAUGUUUAACUGGAAUGAAUUAGAAAUGAAUCAUUUUUUUUUCUUUGAAAACAAACAUCCAUAUCCAUAAUGUGUAAAUAUAUUAAUGAUUUAUUGAUCUCUCUCCUCUAUCAACAAAAAACAACA